AAAAAAAAAAAAAAAAACUCAACUAUGACAGAACAACCACGUUUACCUCUUGGAUAUAUGAUUGAAGACUUAGAAAUUGUCAAAGUCCUAAGCAUAGGAGCCUUUGGUCAAGUUUAUAUGGCUAGAAAUAUACAUACAUUUAAGCGAUAUGCAGUAAAGUCUUUACCUCAUGCUGGUCUCGACUCUCGUCAACUUGCUUUCCAACAAAAUGAAAUCACGUUGCAUUCGCAUCUUUCCGACCAUCCGCAUAUCAUCCGACUUGAAAGAGUAGUACGAACAUCUGAAUGGACUCACGCUAUUCUGGAGUAUGGAUCAGAAGGUGACCUCUUUACAGCUAUCAUUGAUAAAAGCACUUAUCAUGGCAACCACAAUUUGAUUCGCAAUGUAUUUUUACAACUUAUUGACGCAGUCAGAUAUACUCAUGACAACCAUAUCUACCACCGAGAUUUGAAGCCUGAAAAUAUUCUUGUAUUCAAUAAUGGACGUACCUUAAAGCUGGCCGAUUUUGGGCUUGCAACUACUGAUUCUGUAUCAACUGAUUAUGGAUGUGGUUCAACAUUUUAUUUUUCUCCCGAAUGUCAAGGCGGCCUAGACAGACAAAAGCGAGUUGGUUAUGCAACUGCUCCUAAUGAUGUUUGGGCGCUAGGCAUCAUUUUGAUCAAUUUAUCCGCAGGCCGCAACCCCUGGCGCUUAGCUUCUUUAGAGGACGAAACCUUCCGUGCUUACCUCAACGAUCCAAAGCUAUUACUCAAGAUUUUGCCAAUUUCAACCGAAUUAAACAAGAUUCUCAAGCGUAUAUUUUGCCUCGAUCCUCGCCGUAGAAUUACAUUAGAUGAAUUAUACAGCAGAAUUCAACGCUGUACUUAUUUUACUCGUACACCUGAAGUAGAAAAAUACGAGUCAAUGAUGGCUUCUGCUGCCAAUUCAGUUGCAACAGCUGGUAGAAGAGCCAGAGCUAUUAAAAAUAUUAAAGUUCCCACUAAAAACGAUAUUGCAGCCAUGAACAAUUUACCAUCACCACCUGAUACGCCCAAUACAGGCUAUUCAACUGAAGAUGAACCUCAACUUUCAACAUCUACCUCUUGUUCAUCAUCUUCAUUAUUGACAGAUGUAGUAGGCACAAACUUCAUUAUUCCUCAAAAAGGUGACGAUCUAGACCCCCAAAUUGUCUCAUUUAUGGUCUAGAACAUUUUCUAUCUCACACUCCUUAUAUGCCCCACUUUAUAUAUACCUUCCUGUUUAUAGCUUGUUUAUUUUAUGAUUAUCCUCCUCCCCCCUUAUGUUAUCCCAUCACUAUACUUUUUCAUUGUGUCUCAUUUAUAUGUAUCUAUCUCUACUACUACUAUACCUUUACUGCCCCCCUCCUCUUUUUUUCUAUGUACAUUUUUCCUGUUUAUUAUUAUACCAAGUUUUGUUCGUUGUAAAUUUCACUAUCUAUAUAAAUCCAUCAUCAUUUUGCUCAAAUAAAUCAUCCAAUUCAUUUUACAU